GUCUGUGCCUGUCAUGUAUGUCAAUUCAUCCGUCAAGACAUGUCAGCUUGACUCCCGAUGUUGAUAUUGCUAAUUGUUUGAGGAAAAUCCUCAAUUUUACCUCAAUGUGGAUGUUUUGGUAAACCUCCAGUUAUACAGUGCGACAGUGUGGGAUCAGCAUGUGGAAAGUGUUCGAGAUCGAUUAAUCAAUUAAGCGUAGUGACAGUGAAAUAGUCGAAAUUAAGUCAGUGUAAUGGCGUCUGAAGCUGAUGCUUCCUGUGAAGAGGACCCCAAUUUCGCUGUUAUUUGUGCGUUUUUCGAGAAAUUCGGGCAACUCAUUGGUAUAACGGAUGUCGACUUUUGCGAGCUCCGGUCCAUGCUGGAGAACACUUAUGAAGUCUCACAAUACCUGAUCGACCUGCACAUUAAGCUUCUAAGGAAAAUUAAGCGAACCGCCUCUCCGCCGGAAAAAUGGGAGAAAUUUCUCAUCAAAUUCUGUCACACGUUCUCCUCAUUGGAAGCCUGGCAGGUGGAACGAUUCGGCUACAAGAAAGCGAAACUGGCUACUAAAGUGCGAGUUUUAAAGGAACUGCUUGAAGCUCAGUUUGAUUUUAACUCAAAGUUCAAAAUCGAAGUGAAUAAACUGUCCUCGAAGGAGUUGAGAGCGGAGCCGCUGGGCAGGGACAAGUUUGGGCACGCUUAUUGGUUUCAAAGCGACGAAAACUACCAGAUCAGGGUCUACAAGGAGGAUUUGGAUGACGAGAAGUGGACGCUUGUGGCUAAGGAUCGGGGUGGGUUGCUUUCGUUGAUCGCCACUUUGAGCGAAGGUGAGACUAAACUAAGCUCGGAUUCGGCUGGCAAUGAAGACAGCAACAGUUUAUCGGAGAAGCCGAUUAUUGAUACUGGCCAACAAGACACUGAUUCGAAGAAAACGUCGGAUGAUGAAGAUUUGGCUUUGGACAAUAAGGAGAUUGAGCCAGCAAAAGACGAAUCCCCUGUAGAGGCCGUUGCGAAAGACGAAGCGCCUGAGUCAAAAUCCCCCGAGCCAGACAGUGAAGAAACAGUGCUUCGUAAGUUUAAAAUAAAAACUUUAGAAGUUUCACUCUCUGAUAUAAAUGCCAAGGAAGCGGUUGCAGAGGGCGCAAUCCAGGAGCCAGUGAUGAGAAUAGAGGGCGAAGGCUCAGGAGCGGACAACGAGAGUUUUAUUAUUGGGGACAUUAUUGAAGAAGGCGUGAUGUAUUUUCAAGGCAGAGGAAGUGGAGAGGAUUGCCAGACUGGCAAUUCAUCAGAAGAGACUGAAAAUGGACCAACAAAAUCCGAAACUGAAACUCAUGAUCAGGUCAAAGAGCUUGAAUCAAAAGCUGUAGAGGCGCAGGAGGAGACUUUGGAUAAACCUGCUAAAGAUGAGCUGGAUGCCAAUAAAGCGCCAGAGAACACCGAGCCUCAAAGCAACGGCGAAUCCAAGCAGGCGACAGCCGGCAAUAAUAGCGAGGAAAUCACGGCCAGUGAAGAGCCGGUGGCUUUGAAGCCAACGGCAGACCUUGAAGAAGCACCAGAGGCUGUAAUUAAUGAGCCAAAAUGUGAAAAAAAGCAGGCGUAUACGUGCGGCAAAGAGGAGGAAAACGGCAAACAAACACCAGUGGUGGAAAUCGUGGAUGUGUCCAACAACGGCCAUCUAGAAGAGCUAGAGGUGGUUAAAGACUCAGGAUCGCCGCACUCGUCCAACGGGAAAAGUCAAGAGCAGGAUCCUUUGGCAGAUGAUCAGCCAGUGGCGGGCAAUGAUUCUGAGAGUCUUCAAACUGCCAAUGAGCCUAAAGCUCUGAAAGGAGCAAGCGCCGAGUCUUCAAUCACCAACUCUCCUAGUGAGACUGUUGAAGAAAACAGCCCCAUUUCAAUGGUCGAACUCACGCCUGGUGAAAGCUGCGAUGGACCGCGCGAGACUACUUUAAACGCCCCACCUAGUGAAGAACCUGAAGCUGCUAAGCUGGUUCCCGAGAAAAACAUCUUGUCGUUUUCCUUGGACUUCAAAGACUCUCCCUCGCCGCCUGCCGAUUCAGUUCAAAAGCCCUCACCUAUGAGGGCUGUGCGCAAGCGAGGUUUGGAAGCAUCAGCUACCAAGGCUCAGGAGUCUGACGACAAUCCUGGGAAGCGAAUGAAGCUGAAAGGGCGCCGCCAAGUUGACGCAGCUCUGCGGAAGAGCGUAGAGCAACGCAUAGAGCAGCUGCAUGGCAGCAGCAGCGACAGCAAGGAGAGCGAAGAAGAAUCACAGGAACCGAAAAAAGCUGGCCGCUUUGCCAAAAAAAAGCCAAGCAAAGCUGAAGAGUCGGACGACUCCAGCUCGAAGAAGUCUGCGAAGAAGGCGGGGAAGAAACAUAGCAGAAUGUUGCUCGGCCUGCAAAUUGGCGAUGAUUCAUUCAGUGAGGAGCGGCCUCAAUUGAGACAGUCGCGUCGCAUUGCCCAGCUGAAGAUCAGGGAACAGUCCCAGCAAAAGUACGCGACCAACGCUGUGUCGGAUGAAGGCAAAAAAGACAAGGAUGAGACGUGGAAAAUGAGCAAAAAAUCCGUGGACCUCGACUCGGAACCUGAGGAAGCCAAGGUGGGGCGAAAGCGCAAGAAGAAAAAGGAAAAACCUGCCAAUCAAAUAUUUAACGAACAUCGCCCGUGGCAGUCGAGUAGUGAAGACAGCGAAGAAGUAGCUGAGGAAGAGGAUGAUGAGGAAAUAGAGGACGAAGACGACGCUCCUCUGGGCCCCUUGAAGUCCGACCACGAAUUCUCGCCCGAGAGCGAGGACGAUGACGACGAAGAAUGGCAGCCAGUGAAGCGAGCCAGAACUGCAAGAAAAGAGUCGGAUAGUGAGGAGGUCGACGAUUUGCCGUGCCAAAAGUGUAUGAAAAACGACCAUCCUGAAUGGAUCUUGCUGUGCGACAAAUGUGAUAACGGGUGGCAUUGUUCCUGUUUGCGCCCACCGCUUCUGGGUAUUCCAGAAGGAGACUGGUUUUGCCCGCCCUGCGAACACAUUAUCCUGUUGGAGCGUCUGCAGGCCAAACUGGUCGAAUACGACAAGAAGCUGAGCAAAAAAUCCAUCGAAGACCGGCGGAAAGAGCGUCUGGCUUAUGUGGGCAUCAGUCUGAAUAAUGUACUGCCCAAUAAGGCACAUUUGGAGCAUCGGAAGAAAAAGCGCCGGCAUUCAUCGGAAGGUCUUUCGGGCAGCUGGAGCGAAUCGGAGUCGGAACGAUCGGCGUCCGAAAGCGACAGCGACGAGCCGAUUUAUCAGCUGAGGCAGCGCAGGCAAACGAAAAGCUACAAAUUCAACGAAUACGAUGAAAUGAUCAAGGACGCGAUAGGAGAGGACACUGAACAGCCGGAAGAUACGGCAGGCAACUUGGGGCGAGGGAAGGACAUUCAAACCAUCGUCAAAGGAUUGGAAGAAGAGCCGGAACCCGCACCUAAAGAUGAAAGCGUGGUGAAGAACGAAGAGGAAAACCGGCCAUCGGCUGUGCAUUUGAAGAAAAUGCUGAGGAAGAAACAUCGCAAGCUGAAUAGCCUGGACUUUGAUAGCGAAGAGGAAGAUAUAUCCGAUGAGGACUUCAAGGGAUCGAGCGAUGACUCGGAUGAGGAAGAGGAGGAAGAACUGUCGGAAAACAGCGAAGAUAGUGACGAUUAUGUGGGCAGGAAGCGGCGGAAAGCCGCCCCAACUAGGCGUUCGACUAGGGCGAGAACUAGAAGGUUUGAAGAUGAGGAUUUUAUCAACGAUGACACUGACGAUGAAGCGCCAAAGCGGAAACGAAAGAAAUCCAGUUGGGACGAAUCGGAGACGGAUGAAUCCGAUCUCUCGGGCUAUGGACGGUCAUCCAAAGCGAAGCAGAAGAAAAAGAAACUGGGCCAAAAGGAGUCAGCGACGAAAAAAUCGCGUCCCCGAAUACAGUAUGGCGGACUAACGUCGAGCGAUGAAGAAGAAAUGGGGCGAGGGCGCCGAACCAGGGGAAAAAAAGCCACUUACGUUGACGCUUUGGGGUCGGAAAGCGAUGAAGAACCCGUAUCGAGAAACAAUCCCAGAAAAAUCUUGAGCGAUGAUGAUGAUGACGACUUUGUGGCCAAUGAAGAUGAUGAGCCAGACGAAGAGGACAAGGACAGCGAAGACAAACCAGAACCUGAAGAUGAAGAUGACGAAGACAACUCCGAGGAGGAGGAACUGCCAGUAAAACCGCGACUGAUUGUGCCGAAGAUUUACAUUAAAAAACCACUGAGCAACAAAACCGCUGCUGGCCCUUUGGAGAACUCCAAAGCCGCUCAAUUCAAGCCGAAACCCUCAAACCCUAUAAUAGCAGCUAACGAUGGGGCGCCAACUAAAGGGAUUUUGAGCUUGGAAAGCAACGUGAGAGAUGGGGAAGUCGGAGGAUUGGACAAGCCAGCAGCCAAAAGGCCGAGAAAACCGAGUAUUGUCCACGAGCCGAUUGUCAGCAACGUAUCGGCGCUGAUUAAAAAUGAUAUUGAGAACGAUGAUCUUUCGGAGCCGCCAGGCAUUUCGCUGCCAAUGUUUGACGAGCUGGAUUCCAGCCAUCCCAAAGACCUUUUGGACGACUCGCCGCGGAAGCGGAAAGCACGAGGGGCUCUAAAGAAGAAGCUGGAGGCGACUGGGGCUGCGUCAGUCAAGUUCACGCAACCCGCAAUCGAAAUUGCGGCGCCACCUCAGCCCUUCUUGCAAGCCCAGCCGGCCCCUUCAGUUAUCACCAGGAUGUUGCAGACAAAACCGGGUGCUUCGGUUUAUCCAGUUGGGCGGAUCCGUCCCAAACAGUUUGCAACUAUGCGAGAUGAUGAUUCGGACGAAUCCAGUCCCAAACACUCACCAGCUUCGUCACCGUCCAUCGGGCAGAUUGGCGGAGUUUCCACAGUGUACAACUUGGCAGGGGCUCCACAAGGCAAUGCCCCGCUGCCAUAUCGCCAUUCUGGGCCUCCGCAUCCAGGAAUGAACCAUUAUCCCCGAGGUCCUCUGGGAAUGGCCGCUCCGGCGUAUCAUCGGGGGAUGGAUCCCUCCCCAUCUGGGGGCUCUGUUAUCAGCUUCUCUGAUGCUCCAGCAGCAGCACCCAGUGGCUCCGCCCCAAUCAGCGCGCCGGAUAACCUCAAUAGGCGCCCCCAAGUCAAUCAAAGAUACCCGCCCCCUACAGGGGCGGCUUUAGGCACCCCCCGUCCGCCUCUGCAUUUGUACCGGCCGCCGCCCCCGGGCAAUAGUGGAACCCCUGUGGGGGCCCCCUACGUGCCGCCCUUGGGGGCCACCAAUGGGCCGCCUCCUUCGCACCCUCCAUAUCAUGUGGCGGGGGCAGUAAAUGGGCCGCUGCCGCCCCCCCAGCCGUAUCCGUCGCCACCGGUCGCCGCCAAUGUACCACCCGCAGUACUCCCCUACCCGCCUUCCGUUCCAGCUGCCCCCAACAUUGGGGCGCAGCCCGCCCACUCGCAAUAUGUGCCGCCGCAGCCGCCUGUUUCGGACGGUGCGCCCCCAUCAGGCCACCCACCUGAGGGGUAUUAUGGCAGUUAUCCACCUUCUACGGCCAAUGAAGACGCCUUGCAACCGUCUUCGUAUGGAGGAUUGCCGCCAGAAACAGGUCCUCCAUAUCAGGAGCCGUAUGGAAGUGAAGGAGCCCCGAAUGCGCCGGCCGGCCCUGCAAAAGCGUUCGAAGAAGAGUCCGGAGGCGAGUUUGCUGGCUUGGCAUCGUAUUUUUCUAGCCAAAGAGAGGACGACUUGGACUCAUAGUGGAUAGACGCGAUUAUUGCAUCAGUAUCAUCAAAGGACUUGAGUCUUCUGCCUGCGAGUAGCGCGUUCCACACAGGGGUAACAAUCGACUUAUUUUUGUUAGUUAGAAGUAUUUUAUAUGAAAAUGUACAGUAAUCUAUUAACUUUUAUAUUAGCAGCAGUUGGGCUCUUUGUACAUACUGUUUUGUAUAUAAAACUGUCUAGAUUCAGACUAAUCUCUCAUUAUGUAUCAAUGGACUUAUCGAAUAUAAACUGUAUAUAGAAAGAAAUUAAUUAAUAAACAAUCUACUGGCGCGCCAUUGGGGCCGGAGGACGCGGUUUUUACAAAUAUCGAUUUUUUUCAACAUUUUCAUCUCCGACCCAAUGAGCGUUUUGUGAUUAGUUUGGAAUUCCAAUUUUUAUUUUGCAAUAUUAGUGUGACGGUUUCCUUAUGAAAUUCAAGUGAUUUGCUUCAAUUUCGAUGGCAGCGGUUUGGUUGUAAUGUUUGUAAAAGUUGUGAACAGAUGGAAUAAAAAACACUAUUCUGUUUCA